AUGGCUUCCGAAUCCGCUAUCAACGGCACCUUUGUCCCCCAGAACGGCUAUGGCUCGAUAGACCAGUCUGGCUACACCGCNCCCAGCUACCCUUCCUCCAACCCUUCCGCGCCUUCGCAAUCAAACGACUCCGCUGCUGGCAUUCCCAAGGACGAGGUUGGUUGGUACUUUGUCGAGCAGUACUACACCACCCUCAGCCGCAGCCCCGAAAAGGUCUACCGCUCACAAUUCGUCUCGGGCAUCGAGACCGAGAAGGUCGAAGUCUGCGUGGGACAACGGCAAACANNGGCCAUCAACGAACGCAUCAAGGAGCUCGACUUCUCUGAGUGCAAGGUCCGCGUCACCAAUGUCGAUUCCCAAGCCUCGGAUGACCACAUCGUCAUCCAGGUCAUCGGUGAGAUUUCCAACAAGUCGGCCCCUCACAAGAAGUUCACCCAGACUUUUGUCCUCGCUGCUCAGACAAACGGCUACUUUGUGCUGAACGAUAUCUUCCGUUACAUCAUCGAGNNGGAGGAGGAGGAGGCUGGCACCACCGAGGAGCCUGCCGCUGUCCAGGAGCCUGCUCCUACUGCCACUCAGGAGCCUGCUCCUACUGCCACUCAGGAGCCUGAGCACGAGACUUUGACCAGCUCUGAGGACCCCGUCGCCAUUGAGAAGGACGCCGCCAAGGUUGACAAGGAGAUCGAGGAGAAGAUUAUUGCCGAGAAGCCUGAGGAGACCGCCGCUCCUGCUGCCGCAGUCGACGAAUCGCCCAAGGCCGAAACCGCUGAGGCUGUCCAGGCCGAGGAGGCUCCUGCCGCCGUCGUGUCCGAGCCCACCGAGACCUCUGAGCCCGCACCUGAGACCGCCACUGAGGCUGCCCCCGAGGUUCCUGCCGCCCAGGAAGCUCUGGAGACUGAGAAGCCCAAGGACCCCGAACCCACUCCCGCUGUUCGCUCUCCUGUUCAGCAAGCCGCCAAGCCUGCAAAGGCCGCUGCCCCUGCUAAGCCUGUUGCUCCCGCUGCUCCCGCCGCCCCCAAGACCUGGGCCAACCUCGCCGCUGCCGCUCACCGUGUCGCCACUCCCGUCUUUGCUCCUCAACCCUCUGCUUCUGCCGCCCCUGUCCAGUCCAGGACUGCUCCCCAACCUGAGCCUGCCGCCAAGUCUGCACCCGCUGCACCUGCCCAGGAGGCUGCUGCCGCUGCUCCCGCACGCGAGUCUUCUCCUGCUGCUCCUAGUGCUGAUCAACAGGAAGAGUGGACCAGCGUUGGUGACAAGAAGCAGAACAAGGGCCAGGCCGCUGCAGGUGCUCAGGACACACCCCAACAUCGCGCAUACGUCAAGAACGUUCACGACAGUAUUACUCUCCCCACCCUGAGAGAGGUCAUUGAGAAGUACGGCGAGCUCGUAUACUUCGACGCCAACAGACCCAAGACUCUUGAUGGCUACAAGGCUGCCCUCAAGGCCAGCCCCAUCUCGAUUGGUGAGCAUGCCAUCACCAUUGAGGAGCGCCGUCCCAAGGACAACAGAGGACCCUUCUUCCAGGGCAACCGUGGUGGCGCCAGAGGCGGCCGUGGCGGUGCCAACCAGGCCCCUCGCGGUUCUUUCCAGGGUGGUCGCGGCGGCGGUUCCCAGAGAGGCCGUGGUGGCGCUGCCUCUCGCGGUCGCGGCGGUGCCCAGGCUGCCUAA